GAAAGAUAACAGAUGAGACAGAGAACAGACAGGGAAAGGGGGACAGGACUAGCAGAGAGAGUAAUGAAUAGUUACUCAGUGCACAGUAUGUCUUCAGGAAAUGUCUGGAGAAAGGUGAUAGACAUAUAGAAACCCUGAGUCUGAGGAAGAGACAGAAGAGAAACAAGAGAAGAAGAGCUGCUAAGUUAAUCAUUGUGUGUUAGUUUACUGUGUGAGGUGCACAGACGCCAGGCCAGAGACAGAGAGGGCGAAGGAAAGACAGGUGUGUGACACAAACUGGGUUUGCAGUAAGUGCUCAAUAAAUGCUGCGGAAUGAUUGCAUGAGUUCUAGAGGACCCAGACUGGUGGCACAGGGAGAUGCAGACAGUUGGCCACACUGGGAAGGGGGCCUCCCCCAGACACAGCAGAAGAGGGAUAAGCAGAUGUAGUUGCAUAGCAUCUGGCCAGGACUAGGCAAAAGGGACAUGACAGAAAAUGUGAGAAUGAGACAGAGACAGAAAUAGAGAUUUAAACACACACACACACACACACACACACACACACACACACACAACAGAGACAGAGAGAAAGACAGACCAAUGAAGGAAUACAGAAAGACAGGGACACAGGAGAGUCAAAGACAGAGAAAGACUAAGAGGCAAACAAAGAGCUAAGUGAUAUAGAGGUUGAGGGAGAUAGAGACUGUGAGACAGGGAGGCAUUGUAGUGAGACCAGAUCAUGCCAAGUUUUGGGGGAAGGGCCAGUAGUGAAGGGGGCCUCCAAACCACCAGUCUCUCUCUGCAGAGGGGGGCAGUCUUGGGGCAGACCCCAGCCUCUGAGGUGACUGGGUCCCCCUGGCCCCCCAGGUCUGUGACACGGAGUUAUUACCGAGGGGCAGCUGGAGCCCUGCUGGUGUACGACAUCACCAGCCGGGAGACUUAUAACUCGCUGGCUGCUUGGCUGACAGACGCCCGCACACUGGCUAGCCCCAACAUCGUGGUCAUCCUCUGUGGCAACAAGAAGGACCUGGACCUGGAGCGUGAGGUUACUUUCCUGGAGGCCUCCCGCUUUGCCCAGGAGAACGGAUGGUUAAGGGGCAUGGUUCAUGGAAAGCCUUCAGCACCCCCUGGAUGGAGUGGGUACUUGAUAAUGCUGGCUGCUAAGAAGGUGUCAACCACCAUGGCGAGGGCACAGGGUAUUGGUGUAAGCUAGAAACUGCAAACUCCAAUGGCCCUAGGGGACAGGCAUGUUUUGUGAUUAAAGGAGAUAGGUUGUGGUUGACCAUGUUAGCAGGCACUGGCAUCAAUGGAGUGUACAAAACUGACAGCCUGUUAAAAGGAAUGCAAGUACAAACCCAUUUGAAAAUAUUGUGUUGGCCAAAUGUCUGCUGGCUUAGGGACUGUCCAUGUUCUUCCAGUUUGUAACCUCCAGGUUUAGAGGAGGUUUUGCCGUCAGAAAAAUGUGGGUUUCAAUCCUGGCUCUUAAUUUACUUUGAGGCCUUGUCAUAUGACUGAUGGGUGAACUGUAGUGGACCUGGGCCUUGCUAGAUGGUGCUAAGGACACGGUGAUGAUGACAGCAUGGGCCUAGCUCACAGUCCAGUGUGGGGUAGGUGGGCAAGCAAGUGCAUUUCCACACAGUGAUAACCCAGAGGGAUCAGGACCAGGCUGGGGGAGACACAGGGGCCCAUGGGAGCCCGAGGAGGCACCUGACCCAUCCUGGGAGGUCAGGGAGGACUCUCUCGGGGAGAUGUGUGAUCUGAGCUCUGAAGGAAGAGCUAGGUGAGUACCUGGGGAGAAGGGCAUUCAUGACAGGGGAAUGGUGUGUAUGAAGGCCAGGAGUGAGGGCAAAGGUGGCACGUUUGAGGAACAGAAUGAGAGGCAGCAGGUCAGGGUUGGAGUAGAGGAUGGGGAUUGACUGAGGUCCUGACCUGAG